AUGUUCUGGAAGUCGUCUUUGUCACUUGGGCUCGCGCUCAUCGCCGCGAGCCCCCUCUGCACUUCUGCCACGCCAACAGCAAGCCACCCGCCCUCCCUACCAACCCUCGCACCAGUCCGCCAUGUAAACACUUCCGUGCUCUCCAUCGAGUACUACGACUCCGCGCCGCACAACGCCAAGGCCCCCGUCGCGAUCCUCAUCCACGGCUUCCCCUACUCCAUCGACACCUACAUCGACGUCGUCCCCAAGCUCGUCGACCAGGGCUACCGCGUCAUCGUCCCGUCGCUGCGCGGCUUCGGCACCACGGCCUUCCUGUCGCCGACGACGCCGCGCAGCGCCGAGCAGGCCGCCCUGGGCAAGGACGUCAUCGACCUGAUGGACGCCCUCAAGAUCAAAAAGGCCAUCUUCGCCGGAUACGACUGGGGCACCGUCGUCGUCAACGUCGCGGCGGCGCUGUGGCCCGACCGAUGCUCGGGCAUGGUCGCCGCCAACUCGUACCUCAUCCAGAACCGCGCGACGGCAUGGGCCGUGACGCCGCCCGACGCGCUCGCCCUGAGGUGGUACUUUUACGUCUUCCUCACGCCGCAGGGGUACAGCUCGCUCGCAAGCGAUACCAAGGGGUGGGCCAAGACGCUGUGGACCAAGAACAGCAUCGGCUGGAACUUCACCGACGCUCAGCUCGACGCCGCCACCCUCGCGUUCCUCAACCCCGACUACGUCGCCAUCGCGACCAACUUCUACCAGAACCGCCUGCUGUAUGCCCCCGGCGACCCAAAGUACGCAGACCUGGCCGACCAGCUCGACAAGCAGCCCCUCAUCACGGUCCCCUCUGUUACCCUCGACCCGAUCGAGGCUGUGGUGUUUCCGCCGACAAACGGCAGCGCCACCGCCAAGUUCUUCAGCGGCCCCAGAGUUCACCACGAAAUUCCAGACUGCGGCGAAGCCAUCCCGCUGCAGAGGCCGCAGGUGUUUGCCGACGCUGUUCUGGAGGUUGCCAAGCUUGCGAGCCGCAAGUGA